AUUCGCAUCUCUAUAAUUCGUAUAUUGCUUUUGUCACGUGACCUCCAAGCAGCGAAAGAAAGAUGGCAGCGAAAGCGGGCGCUUCGAAACAAACGUCGAAAGAGCCAGUAGGCGACGAUCAUGUUGAAGUGUUGGAUGACAACGCUGAAAUAGACUCCGAUCCUCUAAUCACGCGGACGACGACGUUUAAAGUGAAAACCAUCCAAGAGCUGAUGAAGCUAAACUUUGAAGAUGACAAGACAAGGAUAAGUGCUGAUGCAGUCAAGCUGCUUGCAGAGUUCUUCCGGGUGUUUACAAUGGAAGCGGUAGAAAGGGCCACUGAGCAAGCAAAGGUUCAGUGCGACAAUGUGGUUACGACGGAGCACCUAGAGAAAAUUCUGCCGCAGUUGUUGCUUGACUUUCCUUGAAGAUUGUGCCAAGCCAAUUCUGCUUCCACUUGUGCUGAACAGCCGGUGUUAACAAUGUACUUGAGGUUCCCAAUGCUGGUGCUACAGCAAUAUUGAGUAGAAGUCGUCAUUGUCAACAUGUACACAUUUGUGUUCACAGUCUGAACUACUGAAAUAAAAUUCCUUCGUA